UCUUGGGUCUGCUGCCUGGAGAGGAUCAAAGGUUAUUUCAGAUUUUAUUGAGUCUUGGAGAUCUCAGGAGCAAGAUAACAACACCCUUUUCCUUUCUGCUUGCCUCCUUUCUCCUCGUAAACAUACCCACAGCCUUUCCCCUUGAUUUGUCACCCUGCCCCUCAUUCCCUCAAGAGAUACUAUUACAGUGUCCUUGUUCUGCCUGAGGGAAAAGGAAAAAAAAAAAAAAAAAAGGGAAUACCUCCAUGACUGUAUUUCAUUAGAUGUCAUUGGUGUUUCAUAAUAAGGUCACUUAACCAUGCCUCUUCCCCAGCCAAAUGGUGCAAAGUACAGCUCUCACAAGGCUUCCUGCCCUGUUAAAGGCUAAAUAUUGAAAUUUAUGCUAAUCUGAAGAUUAUCUGCCAUUAUCCAAAGGCAGGCAUCUGAAAACCAGCAAGUCCUGUCUCCCAAGUUGAUCAGAAAAGGAGCCCAUGAGAGAAGCACAACCCCAGCAGCCUGAUCCUGAUGAGCCUGUUUUACAGCCGUCAGCUGUGGUAGACCUUCAGCUGUGACCUUGGAGAGGACUCCAGAGAGAAGCUACCUAAGGCACUCACAGCUCCCUGCUCAGAGCCAGCCAUGACAGAGGCUUCUACCUGCAUAUACCACUUCCUUGUUCUGAGCUGGUAUAUUUUCCUCAAUUAUUACAUCUCCCAAUCAGGAGGGGAUCUCCAGAAAUCCAAAAUAUUCCAGAAUGGCGGACAGUGGAAGUACUUGACAUUACUUAACCUGGUAAAAUCAAGAUCAACAGGGUUCUCUGUUGUGCUCCCUGGCAUAUUCCGAGGACUCCUACAGGCCAUUUUCUACGGGGUCGCUUGCCUGGAUAAUGUGCUGAAAAGAGUUACAAGAAAAAAAGACAUUAAGUUCAUAAGUGCCUUCAGAGACCUGCUUUUCACCACACUGGCUUUUCCUGUAUCCACGUUUGUCUUUUUGUCGUUCUGGGCACUCUAUCUGUAUGACCGAGAACUCGUUUACUCAAAGGUCCUAGAUAACGUCUUUCCAAAAUGGCUGAAUCACGCAGUGCACACUUGCAUAUGGCCCCCCUCCCUGAUUGAGCUCUUCCUCAGACCACAUAACUAUCCAUCAAAAAAGAAAGGACUCUCCUUGUUGGCUGUAUCUGCUCUUGCUUAUAUUGGCAGGGUCCUAUGGAUCUACUCCGAGACUGGUACGUGGGUGUAUCCUGUGUUUGCCAAGCUCAGCCCAGUGGGUCUAGCAGCCUUCUUCUCUCUCAGCUACCUCCUUAUAGCCAGCAUCUACCUACUUGGCGAGAAGCUCAACCACUGGAAAUGGGGACACUCGGAUGCUGACACCAGGACACAAGUCCCUCAGGAAGAGAAUCCCAACCCACAAGAGCUAUCAGGCACGGAAAGGGGCUAAGUACCACCAAGCUAAAUGGCAGGGUCUCUGGUAUGGUGGUGUGGCUGAGAAGCCAUCAUCUUACCCACGGCCCAUGAACCCCUCUUCCUACAUAUUACUGAGGGAGGUCAGGUUAUUAUUUGGUAGGGCCCUUGAUUGUAGGUCCUUUUCUGUCUAAGGACUAGUUUAUAAGUUGACCAUUUCAGUCUGACCAAGUGACCUGGGGAUGGUCCCUUGGGCAGAAAGCCAUUAAGACCUUUCUUUAAUGCUAUUUUUGGUAGACCAGAUUUUUUUUUUUUUAAAAAGGAAAUUUUAUCAGUGAAAGCAGCUCAGAGGCCAUCUAGUCCAUCCUCUUGGUUUUAUCCAGGAAGGAAUUUGUUAUAAGGUGUUUCUGUCUUGCAUACGGAAACCCUGGUGGCGUAGUGGUUAAGAGUUAUGGCUGUUAACCAAAAGGUCAGCAGUUCGAAUCCAACAGGCACUCCUUGGAUACUCUAUGGGGCUGUUCUAAUCUGUCAUAUAGGGUUGCUAUGAGUUGGAAUCGACUCGAUGGCAACAGGUUUGUUUUUUAUUUUGGUCUUGUAUACUAUCCCUGAUGAUUUAAUAACAAAAGAAUCAUACCAUGAGGCGACUCCAUGUGUACUUCUAAAGCAUGGUCCCAGAGGGGCAAUAUUUAGUCAAUAACUAAAAUAGAUCUCCUUUGUUUCCUUUCUUGAUGUAUUAGCUUGCCAGGGCUACCAUAAUAAAGUACCCCAAACUAGGUAGCUUAAAACAAUAGAAAUGCAUUGUUUGACAGUUCUGGAGGCUAGAUCUAAACUCAGGGUGUCGUUGGCAGGGCCGUCAAUGUCUCUAGAGGAAGAUCUUUCCUUGUCUCCCCCAGCUUCUGGUAGCUCCAGGUGUUCCUUGGCUUGCGGAUGCAUCUUCACAUGGCUGUCCUUCAUCCGUCUGUCUCUGUGUGUCUCUUCUCCUCUUUUAAAGGACACCACAAAUGUUGGAUUAGGACCUACCCUAGUCCAGUAUGACUUAACGUUAAAUGAUAUCACCUUCAAAGACCCUAUUUCCACACAGGGGUCACAUUCGCAGGUAGCAGGGGUUAGAACUUCAACAUAUCUUUUGGGGGGACACAAUUCAACCCAUAAUACUUGGCCUGAGUUCAUCUCUUCUAAACUCAGAGUCCACUCUGGAUUAUUGCUCCUCCCUCUGCCUCAGCCUCUUUCUUCACAGGGGUUUCUCUAGUCUACCCUCAGCUCCAGCUCCUUCCUACUGUUUCAUCACUGUAUCCUUGUCUUUACUGAUACCCAAAGCUCAUUCUUCUCAUAGCUCAAAUACCCCAACCACCUGCUUUCUCAACCCUUUCCCAGUUAACCCACUGAAACUAGACAGAUGUUCUUCAAAUACUCAUUUCAAAAUGUAGCAGUAGAUUUUGUGGUUGUAAGACAUAGUUGUACAUUUUUGUGAAUAGUAUGCUUUCACCUAUCCUGUGUCCUCUUGGAAUAAAACUAAGUCUAUAAUUACAUAUGGUAUCCAUAGUAAUGUUAUUAAAAGAAUGAUUUCUUUGCCAGACCCGCAGAAAACAUUUGGAUUUUGCAUAAGACAAAUAUUAAACAUUUGACUUAAAAUGUCUCUACCCCUCAGAACUAACAGAAGAUAAAGAAAGGACUAAAAUAAGUUAGAAGUGGACCUAACUCCCUAACAGUCAAUUAAGAGGCUUUCCCCUGUGAAAGAAAUUCCCUCAAUUGACAAAAGAGCUAUAAAAACAACAUACUACCCAAUCAGUUUCAAAUCCAUUUUCUGCAUUUGGUUUGGGCAAGAUGAUCUAUUAUUAAGUCAACAGUUCUCUUAUCUCCAGCCAUGUAUUUGACACUCUAGAAACAUGAUCAGAAAUAAAUACUGGAGGCUCAAAGAAGCCUAGAAACCGCUCAGCUCCAUGAGAAUUCAAACCUAAGGGGAACUUCCUUUGCUAGAAAUGAAAAGAAAGACAUGAUUUCUAAGGUAUUUAUACCAUGUAAGCCUCUACUGAAAGAAGUGACUGUUGGAGCUUCACAAACAUGUUUGGGGAACGUGCCUUCUCUAGCACUUUGGUGGGUAUGUGGGAGUUUAUCAGUCAGGGUUCUCCAGAGAAACAGAACAACAGGAGAUAGAUGAUAGACAGACAGACAGACAGAUACACAGAUAGAUGGAUAAUAGAUAGACAGAAUAGAGAGAGAUUGAUUUUAAGGAUUUGGCUCAUGAGAUUAUGGGGGCUGGCAAGUCCAAAAUCCAUAGGGCAAAUGGUGAGCUGGAAACUCAGGCAGAAUGUCUAUGUUACAGUCUUGAGGGAGAAUUCCUUCUUCUCCAGGAAACCUCCAAUUUUGCUUUUAAGGCCUUCAACUGAUUGAAUGAGACCCACCCACAU